AUGAAGCCCAUACUAGCAGGUCUUACUUUCGAGAGUAAGAAGGGAGCCAAGAUGCGCCCGCCCAUGCGCUCUAGCAUCGCAUGUCUCAGGUGCCGAAAGUCCAAGAUAAAAUGUGAGAACAACGGCGGAUCAAGUCCUUGCGACAGCUGUCUCAAGACAGGCAAGGACUGCGUUUUCAAGCUGCCCGAACCCAAUCCCGCCCCACCAAAGAGGAACGAUCCACCAUCGGCGAUCAAGCAGGAAAGAGAUGGAGGCUCAGACCGGAAGAAGCUGAAGAAGAUCGACGAGCUGUCCAAGCUUGACAAUGAAAAGGGUACCCUAUUCGCAGACGAAGUACUCUCUGCGCCUUUCUUGACCGAGGACAUCUGGGAUCAGGUCCUCGAUUUGUACAAGCUCCAUUUUGCACCAGAGUUGCCUUUCCUACAUCUUCCGACAAUGAAAGAGAAGCUUGGUCGCAGAUUCAGAAACCAACAGCCAGAUCCCACACCGGAUUUCAACCUUGUCUUGUUGGGCAUCCUUACCCUCACUGCUCGGUACCACACAGACCUCGUGAAAUACCUUGCGCACAUUUGCAAUUCCCAAGGCGGCAACGCCAGGUCCCGUCCGGUUCAGACCCAGGUCGAUCCUGCCGCGGCGUCGGAAUACUACGCUGAAACUCUCACCAGAGCACUUGGAUCCAUGAGAAACGCCAUGGGCUCCGCGUCUGUUGAGCGUGUUCAAGCUCUGCUAAUGCUCGGUUUGUACGAAUGGGGCCAGACCCGGCAAAACACAGGUGGCCUGGGUGCGUGGAUGUUUGUCGGAAUCGCUGUCCGAAUGGCCAACUUCCUAAGACUCGGUCUGAUAGAUAAAGAAUUCAGGAAAGUAGGGCAUCAUCUCGAGCGCCCUCGUGGCUCUGUCUCCGAAUCGCAGUUGAUUCUAGACAGAGAGGCUAACCGCCGAACCAUGUGGAGCUGUUUCGUCCUAGAUCGAAUGCUGGCCUGCGGGAAAGAACGGCUGGCCAUUGUAGACUCGGAGAAGCUGCUGAUCCAGCUGCCAUGUUCCGAGGACAAAUUCGACUUGGAAAUGGAUGCCAGCACUGGGUUCCUGAAGUCUAUGCCGUCAGAUCCACGUGUCACUGACGACAGCGUACUGAGUCGGUUCGUCUUCCUUGUGAAUCUCUGGGGCGACAUCUCGCGUUAUAGUGUCGACGGUGGCCGCUUGACCGACCAACAUGCACCUUGGGUUGCUGACACAACUUUCUUUAAACUACGCGACCGCCUAUUCAGCUUUGAGCAGAGCUUACCCGGCACAUUCACGUUCUCGCGUUCCAACUACUUCAAACACGAAAACCAUCAGGCCUCUAGCGUCUAUGUACUGCUGCAUAUGCUCAGAAGCGUGUGCGUUAUCAUGCUGCAUCGAGAAUAUAUCCCUUUCGUGCCUAUACGGUGCAGAGGACCUGAAGGGCCACUUGAUAACCCAGUAUUCCCAAAGGAGGAGACACCGGAUGGUUUCUGGCUCGAAAGUGCGGAGCAAGUGUUCAAGGCUGCCAGAGAGAUCAUCGAUCUGAUCGAGAUCUGUCAAAAGAAGGACAAGCUGCCUCAAUCGACAAUAGUUCUGUUUGCCAUAUGGACUGCUGCAUUUGUGGUAUUAUACGCCAUCCAUUUCCCACAAAUGGACACGCGAAGUCAUAUCCUCAGCCACCGGUGGAACGAGCCUUUGGAAGGAGAAAAGGACAUCGAUAUCUUCCGGCACGGUCCUCUUGGCUUGACUUACACGACACUUAAUAAAAUGUCGGUUUGCUUGAGUAUGGCAACCACGUACAUCACAGUACUCCAAAAGAUGGAUACCUACUUUGUAAAGAUCAGGAGAGACUACGAAAUACACGUCGAUCAAAACAGGACUCUUAGUGAAAAGACCAGCCUGAGUGUGCGCCUUGGCGGCAAAGGUGGCGGGCUUGAGGAAUACAAGGACAAAAGGCUCCUGAGAGAGUUUGGGCAUAUACAGCCCAUAGAUCUAACAGGCAUGGAUGGAGACCGAUCCAGGGCCAGCACUGUCGAUCGUGGAUCGCCUGUAGAUUCGCGUCUACCACCCAUCAACCGAGUUGGCACCCCAAGAUCUACACCGUCAACUUUCACGGCCAUUAACCAUGCGUCGUCCUAUCAUGAUGCCAAUGGAUCGUCGGCGGUACCCCCUCAUGAUACGCAAUACGAUUCAUGGAAUCGGCAAUCCAACACGUUACGUCCAAUCCAAUCCUAUGCAUCAUCAGCUGUUGCAAUGCUAGGUCCCGAAACUACCGGUCCACCUUCUACUCACCGCGAUGAUUCCAGCGAGUAUGAGCUGCAAUCAGAAGAACGAAAACGGUUCAAUGUUACGAACGACCUCGGCAUCUUAACACAAAACAAUGACCCAUGGAUAGAUGGCCAGCUUCCGUUCUUCGACCUAUCAACCGAAGCGUAUGGCCUUGCGCCACAUUUCAAUGAUACAUACACAUAA